GGUUUUCCCAUCAUUGCCACCACUCGAAGCAAGUUGAGAAAAAUUUUGAAGCUGUUAGUGUUUUUAAUAUGCAUGUGUGGCUUUUGGUUCCAGACAAGUGUCUUCUUAGAAAUGUAUCUGGCAUACGAUACAAUUGUGGAUAUUCGAGUGAGCUCUCCAGAUGUGGUUGAACUUCCGGCCAUAACAGUCUGCAACAAUAACAGGGUGAUGCGGACGAAGAUCUGCCUCGAUUCUCCUGAAGUGUGCAUCUGGGAAAAUGACAAGAGGGUGUUCUGCUCCCUUUGGCCCAAGUAUUGUCUGCAUGGUUUGCCUGAGGACGACGAAAGCAUCGUGAAGGCGAGAAUACCCAUUACUACAGCAAUCAUGAAAGCGAAUCGAUCCUUAGAAUACCUUUUGAAAUACGGUCAGAUGAAAAGAGAUGACAUCAUUGAACAUUGUUCUUUGCAGUCUGAUGUAAGGAUACAGUGUGACAGAUUUGUGCAUUUUCAAGCAGCUGAUAAUUUCGGAUAUCCCAACAACUGUUACAGCAUCGAAUCUUUAUGGGAAAGACCUAACACAAUGCCUAGGGUCAUACCGAUAACAGCAAAGUACGAUCUUUGGCUGAGUACGCAUCCAGAGGAAUACGUGAAGCACGACGAUUUAGUGUUAGUGAACUUUCUGCUCCACUCACCCUUUGCCCUCUCCAAUCCAAUGAGAGAAGGGAUCACCCUCGAAGGUGGAAAGGCGUACAACAUUUACAUGACUAUGGUUACCAAUCAACGACUUCCGUUCCCCUACCAAACCAAUUGCUCGGAUUAUUUGGAACAGUGGAGAAGGAAUGGUGGGAGGGGCCCUCUGAAUGCAAAGACGUGUCAGGAGAAUUGUGCGAUUGAGAACAUGAUGAAAGAAAUUGGAUGCGUUCCUCAGUCCAUCUCCUAUCCGAACAAUAACACAAUUUGCGUGGAUGGAGGUAUCUUUCCUUCGAAAGAAUUGAGGAUGGCAUGUUCUGAAGAAUGCAGUGAAGCGUGCAAAGAUUCAAGUUACACUUUGAGAGUUGAAGUAGCAAAAGACCUGUCAGUGAAAUGUGGAGAAAAAGACUUGAACUGCAAGUAUGAGAAAAUCCUUAUUCAUCUUAUAUUCAACAGGUUUCAGGUCACUGAAUUUGUCAACCAACCGAGAUUUGAGAGCAUAGAGCUGUUUAGUUACAUAGGUGGAUACAUGGGAAUGUGGUUGGGCGUCUCAUUGGUGGCACUCUUCGACUUUCUGGAAACUCUGGCUUAUUUGCUGAGCUAUCCACUGCUGCGCUCUCCAAAUACAUCAUUCUGUUGUAUUACAUACUGAUUUAUUAAUUCACAACUUUCUCAUAACAUAAUAGAUUAUAACACAUGCAGUUGUAUAUAAUAAAAUAUUCG